AUGGAUGAAAGAGAUGAAAUAGAUUUAAUAUGGAUGCAUAAUAGUUCCAUAAGUGUAUCAAAGAAACAUGAAAAUCAAGAAUAUAUGGAUAGUUACUUCAUUGAUAUUAAGUCAUGUGAAAAUAUAUAAAAACUUUUUACGGUAAAAUAUAUAAAAGUUAUAAUUUAUAGUUUAAAAGUAAUUAAUUAACAUCAUAUGUUCAGAAAUAUUUUAACUAGUAUAAAUACAUAUUGUGAAAAAACAUUGGACAUGAUAAAGUUAAAAAAUCAUAUAAGUAAUACAUUAACCUUUUUUCAUCUUUACUGGAAUGAUAUUAAAGAGCACGUUGGUGAUAAUAACUCAUAUUUAAAUAAAAUGACAGUGUUAUUGGGAAUAUAUAUAGAUAUGGAACUGAAAACUUUUAAACACACUAUGGAUUCUUCUAAAAUUGCUUCAAAACUUCUUUCAACAUUAUGGAUAUAUUUAAAUAACUCGGAAAAGCACAUUUUCAGAGUGCUACUUAAACUUAAACUUGUUGCUAAAAAGUAUUCUAAAAUUUGUGACCUUAUAUUCAUGAAAAGUUUUGCCAGUUUCAAAAAAAGUGUGGAAUCUUUAACAGAUAUAGAUUAUGUCAGGUAUUUGCUCCUGUUAAAAAUAUGGAAAAGAAUAAAAGAAACUGUUGAGGAGAAAAAAGAAGUGAAUAGGAUGGCUCUAACUAUAUUAGGUCCAUGUACCCCAAAAAUGCGUAAUGAAUUAUUGAAGAUUCUACCUAAAGUUCCUGCAGGACUUGAAAAUGAAACUAUUUGGUUAUUGCACCCAGAUGUAUUCGACUUAAAAAUUGCAUGUAAUAAUUUUGUACUAUUUGAAGAAACAAUGUCUGUUGAAUUUAAAGAUACUCAUUUAACAAAAAUUUCUGAUUCAACUUCACAGUCAUCACAGAAUUUAUUAUAUGAUGUUCAAAAGUAUUUUACGAAUUAUGAAUGUAAAAAAAGUAAUAUCAAUAACACAGAAAAUAAUCAUCCAUUUAAAAAUGAAAUAAAAAAUAAUAAAGGUAACAAUCAACUUUUUCCAAUAAAAAAGGGAAACAAAUUUAAGAAAUAUAAAAAGUUAUCAAAUCUAAAACCUGGAGAAGUAAUAUUGAUUGAUUUGACUGAAGAAGAUGACUUAAGAAUGGGUAAAAAGAAAAAGAAGAAAAGUCAAAGAAAUUUAGAAUGGUUAAAAAUGAUGAAGAAAAGGUAUAAAAUAGAGAAACAAAUUGAUGAAGUGAAAUGUAAAAAUCAAGUAGAAAUUGCAGAUGCUCAUAGUACAGAGAAUUCUGAAAAUUUUUCUCACAAUAUUCUUUUAGAAUAUUUACCAAUUUCGGACAAUAAAGUUAGUGAAAGUACAGAAAGUUAUACUUCAAUAGAACAAAAAUCAGUCCAAGAUAAUAUUCAUAAUUCGCUAAAUACACACGAUCAUAUUUUCAAUAAAAGAAGUAAUGAAUAUAUGUUUCAACAUACACAGUGUGAUACAUGUACUUCAACAAUAAAACAAACUGAUAUGCAGCGCAAUAAAAUAUUAUAUUUGCUGAAACUUCUUAGUGCUAUGGGACAAAGUAUUAAAGAACCAAAAGCCAUAUUAAAUCUACUAGGACAAAGUAGGGAUGAAAACACGAUGUCUUCUGAACAUAGCUUUUUUUGUAGAAAUACAGCCAAUGAAUCUAGUGAAGUAAGUACUCAGGGUAAAGAAUCAUUUUCUCAGCCAAAAAGUUCCAUAAAGACAAUAUACUUGUCAAAGGAGUGCCAAAAUAAUACUACAGAUGUACAAUCUAUAAAACAAGAGUUACCAACAAAUACAGAUUAUAAUGUGAUGGAAAAAGAUGCUUAUUGCCAAGAUGAAUCUGUUUAUGUACAAAGCGAUUGUCAGUUACACGAUUUGCGAUCAAUAAACAGUCAUAGUUCAGAAGGAAUAGAAACCAUAAAACAAAACAUUGCUCAUGAAAUUCAUGAAUGCACAGGCUGCUAUAAAAAUAUUGAAGUAAAACCUUUUAAUUACCAUAAUAAUAGUAUAUUUAGUAUGAUAAAGAAUGAAGAUGUAACACAGAAUACAUCAGAUAAUAAUAUUAUCGAUAAAACAUCGAUUUGUGACAAAAAUAUAAUAUGUAUGCUAAGUGAUCUUGACAAGUGUAUGGAUGUUUUAAAUCGUAUUGGUGAACACAUUAUGACUGUUCAUGCAGAGAAACAACGACUAGGAUGUUUAGAUAAGAUGGAUGCAUGUAGUGUUUCUACUACAGUUUCAGGAAAUCAGUCUGUAGAAUCAUCAUCAGAUUGGAUACAAAAUAUUAAUUCAUUGACGAAUACAGAAAAGCUCAGUAGAAUUUUAGAACUAUAUGGAAAAAAAGAUCUAUUAAGUGUAUGCAACUGUCAAGAUUUUCAUUUCUUAAAUGAAUUUCAUAAAUCGACAUCCCAAUCAAAAGAAUAUCGCUCUUAUGAAAAAAAUAAUAUUUUUCCUGAAAAUAAAUCAACUCCAAGCUUCAUUCAUAACCACAUUAAAUCAGAAUUUGAACAACCUAUUAAGAAAGAAAAUAAUGAAAGUUUUGAAAUUAUAAAAGACAAGGUACAGAAAACAAGUCAACAUAAAAUUAGUACAUUAACAAAUAAUCAAAUAUGUGACACAUCUUUUAUACAUGAUUUGCAAAAAACCAAAGAAUCAAAUCGAAAUGCACAUUGGGAAUCUACAUUACAAAAUUUUUCACAAAAAAGUAAUAUGAUAAAGUCACGUUCUAUAGAUGAAUUUGAAAAUAUUGAUAUUUUAGAUAGUAUUCUAAAUGGAGAUAUAACUAUUGAAGAUGAACAAGAAAUUUGGGAAGAUUCACAGUCUCCAUUGAUGUCACCAAUUAAUUAUGAUAAUUCAAAUAGUGUAUUAAACUGUAUUACAGAAUUUUUUUCGCAAUCCGAACAAAUACAUAGUAAUGAAACAGAAGAGAAGUAUAUUUUGUCAGAUACAGAAAAUUCUCAAACACUAUUACCUGAAGGUAGCCUUGGAACAACUGGGAUAUUAAAUUCUUUAUUUGAUUUUGAUUUAACAAAUAUGGAUUCUCCUUCAAAUGAUUAUAUAUAUUCAAAUAUACAGGCAGUUAAUCCACGGUUAAUUAAAAAAACUUUUGAGGAAAUAACAUCUGAAAAGAAUGAUUUAGAGAACAUGUUUUCACAAAGGGAUAAAGAAUUCUGUAAUAAUCAAAAUCAUUCCGUCGAUAGUAACGUAAAUAUAAUUGGAUUUGGAUUAAACACAAGUAAAGAAGAAGUGCGUGAAUUUCCUUCACUAAUUAAAACUACACCUUUAUUCUCUGGUCAAUCAACUAUUUUAGUCAAUUCAGAUAACAUAUCUUCUGAAGAGAAAGAAUUGUUUCCUAAAUGCAGUUUUUCUAGUCCUACUAAUAAGUUUGAUACUAAUAAUGUUAUAGAAAAAUCUUAUAUUUUUCAAAAAAAAGAUACUGUUAAUCAAAUUCAAUCAUUCAAUGAUAUAAAAAAUCGAGGUUUGCCUGAAAUUUGUACUUCUAAUCAUAUUCCAUCAAAUGUACCUAUAAAUUGCAUAUUAAAUCAACAGGAAGAUAAUGUUCAAUCAUCAAACAAGUAUACAUGUGUAGACCUUGAAACUAGUCCUUCGGUAAUGAAACAAUCUCUAGAUUCUUGUGAUUUAUUGUCUUCCACAGAUUUAAUAACAUGUAAUACCGACACAUUAUACACAGUUGAACAUAAAGAUGAAAGUUCUUUGAAGCAAAGAAAUAUUCAAAAAGAUAAGCAAUAUAAUAGGGAAGAAAAACAAAAUCGUAAGACAAAACAUAGAACAGAAAUUAGUGCACAAUCUAGAUCAUCAAAACGUACAUUAAAGUGUAAAAAGAAAAUUAAAAUAAACAAAGAAGAAAAAAAACUGUUUUCAUCUAUUGCUCAAUCUAAUCAAAAUGAAUUGAGCUUAAGAUGUUCACAGAUUACAAUUAUCAAUCCUCUGAAUUAUCAAGGUGUGCAAGAUACAUGUGACUCACCAUUAUCAACAUUUCACACGUCAUAUUGUAAAACAUCAUCCCAAAAUUUAUGUACAUCUAAAAACAUGCACAAACAAUUAAAUUGUGCAACUAUUCAACAAUUAAAACAUGUGUCUCAAGAAAAACAACAAAUUUUAUUAAACUUCCAAGAAGAUCCUAUAGAUGACAUAAUCUACAAAGAAGAUCAUAAAUUAGAAAAUCCUCAAUGCAUCAUGGAAGAUAACAUCACAGAAGAUUCAAAUAUAUCAGUGAAAUCACAUAUACUUGAAAAUAAAUCUUGCUUCAAACUGUCAAAAAAAAAUAUGAAAGUUGAUACCAAUAUUACCAAAGUGAAUUUCAUAACAGAUAAAAAUAUAAACAAAGAUUCUAAUAAUCAUGUAAAAUCUAAUGCAAAGUGGUCAUUACAAAACAUAGAUAUACAACCAUCAAAUUCUAUUAAAGGGCAAGUAAUUGCAACUCAAGAUGAAGAUAUACCUUUGAAGAAAAGAAAAUUAACUUCUAAAUUUUCACCGACAUUGAAAAAAAAUGCAGUUGUUUAUUCUGUAAAUCAGCAAAAAAUGCAAAAAAAACGUUUUGUCUCUACAAAAAAAGGUAUGAUGUGUACAAAUAAAAGGAAGAAUAUAGUAGGUGAGUCGAUUGAAAUAUAA